CGUCUCGUUGGUCGCCAUUAGGUCACGCCAUAGCCGCAAAUCGAGCGUCUACUGCUGCUGCUCUUUUCCUAGUCCUCGUCAUUGCCGUCGUCGUCGUCGUCAUCGCUGCCAAUUUGCCACGCCAUUUCCGCGCGGUCACUCGCUCUGCCACACGGAAUUUCUAUUGUACUUUUUAUUUGGUUUUGUUUUGUUUGGGUGUUGUUGUUCGGUUGGUUGUCGGGGGUUUGAGUUUGACACACCGGAUUUGACAUCGCGUUGCAGUUGGUGAUGGUGUUGUGGCGCUUGCUCAUAAGCUUGGUCAUCGUCUGAGUGUUAGAGUAUGGCUUGAUGGAAUAUAGGAGUGGGAGUGGGAGUGGAAUGCCGAUCGUAGUUGCCUUGGGCAGAGGAAAGUUGUAACAGACGAAUUGAGGUGGGAUUUGGUGUUACAGAGGGGCUUUGAUGUGGAUUUGGUAGAGUGGGCCAGCGUUGUAUUGAUUUUAUUAUUAUUAUUUGUUCAUUUACUUUAUUUCGUGAGCGCGUUAGAAGUUGACCAAGAGCACCGAUGGGGAGCUUCGGCAACUGUGCAGAUUGAGGGCUGUGCAUACUUGUUUGGUUUGUUUUGUGGAAUUUUAAUUAGUACUUUGGGAGAGGGGGUCUAAGAGUUGUUGUGUUCAAUGGUGUGUCGGUGGAGGUGGUUGUCGUGUAACUCUGUCGCGUGGGAUGAGGAGUUGGUGAGUAGGUUAUGAAGGGGACGGAUGGAGUGCAUUUGCUUCAUUUUGGAAGCAACCUGGAUCUGUGGAGAAGUGGUGGUGUGUUGACUAAUCAACUAUGAAGGUUUUCUAAGUGCAAACUGGGAUGUCAGGUUUGCUAGACUGUUGUGAUGACGAGGAAGAUGGCAGGGUUGGUGAUCUGGUUGUGCGUGGGAUUCUUCCUCAAUUAGAAGCGGUAAAGUUUAUGGGACAGGUUGAUGUGGUUUGUCAAAGGUAGCGUUUUGGGUGUUCAUGAUCCAGCGAGGGGAUGGGUUUUAGUGGGGCGGAGUAGCAAUUCUCUUAUGAUUGCUGGAGCUGAUUUCAGAAAUUUGUGUCCCUUGCGACGAAAUAUACAAAACCUUUCUUGAGUCUCGCGAAGAGAGAGUCGAAGAAGAGUUUUGAGAGAGGAUAGUGCUGGGCUCUGAAGUUGCCAAUUGUGUCCUAGAUGACCGCAUGAUAAUGUUAACUGCUAGUCGUUGUCAGUCAGCUUGAAGCGCAAUAGAGUGGAUGGGAAGGCAGUGAGUAACCAUCGAGCUUUACCUAAAGGUUCUUUUCAGCUGCAUGGACACCAUUCUAUGACAGGGAAUUUAUGUUUGUCUCUGCGGUAGUCUCGACUUGAAAAAGAUGGCGUUGCUGCCACCUCUUGCUGACUCCGUGAGGAUGUCAGCUACACUGGGGGGUUUGGAUGCACACCCUUCCUUUUACUCGAGUCAUGUGGAUGUGUCUGGAACUGAAAAUUCCCCUCAUGUGGUUCUCACAUUCCAUGGGUCUGAUCCAGAAGAGUUUUCCCAGAAGCACAUUUUGGAAACCGUGGAAUUGAAUGUUUCUACGGACAGUCAAGACGAGUCGCCCUUGCCGCCUGUUCGUCGGAAACGGAUCAUCCGAAGGAAUCCAACAGAAUCCAGUAGUGAAGAUGAGUACGUGCCUAAAACUGUCAGGCGCAAAUCUCGAAUUAGCUAUUGCGAGUCCGACGGUAGCCCAGACGAAGAGGCUGGCCAUGUUCGUCUGCAACAAGCUGUUGCUACAAAGCCCGAAUUACCGUAUGGCGUGCUGCGCGGUUGUCCAUCUUGUCGCACCUGUCAAAAGGUGUUGGCAACUUGGCGGCCGGAUGCUGGUCGAAGGCCCUGUAUUGAUGAGGCCCCCGUUUUUUACCCGACGGAGGAGGAAUUUAAAGAUCCUCUGAGGUAUAUUGCAAGCAUUCGAGCUAGAGCGGAGCCCUAUGGAGUUUGUCGCGUUGUUCCGCCACAGUUAUGGAGACCCCCCUGUCCAUUGCGAGGGGAUUCUGUAGAGGCCCAAAAUAUGGAGUUUCCAACACGUGUGCAGCAGGUUCACAAGCUUCAAAUUCGGCAACCAACUACCAAGGUGUGGUCACCAACAAAACUAGCUAGCAAGAGGCGUAGAGGACGGGCAACAAUCGGUAGAAUGGGAGGUUUAGCCGCUUGCACUACCUCCCCACCUAUUAACGAUCAACCGGAGUACUUUGGAUUUUGGCCCGGAGACCCGUUUCCAUUGAGAGCCUUCGAAAACUAUGCCAAUGACUUCAAAAGUCAGUAUUUCCGCAUCCCUGAACGACAAAGUUCAGAACCUGAUUGGGAGCCUACGGUCAAUAUGAUUGAAGGGGAAUACUGGCGUAUUGUUGAGCAAGCCACGGAACAGAUAGAGGUUCUAUACGGCGCUGAUGUGGAAACUGGAAAGUUUGGAAGCGGUUUCCCUAAGGCACCACUAGGGUCGGAGGCUGCGACUCAUUAUGAGAAGUCAGGCUGGAAUUUGAAUAAUAUAGCAAGAUAUCCUGGUUCCAUGCUAUCAUUUGAGGAUGGAGACAUUUCUGGGGUGCUUGUGCCGUGGUUGUACAUUGGGAUGUGCUUUUCUUCAUUUUGCUGGCAUGUAGAGGACCAUCAUUUUUAUUCCCUCAAUUAUAUGCAUUGGGGUGCACCGAAAAUCUGGUACGGUGUUCCUGGGUCUGCAGCUGACAAAUUAGAGGCAGCAAUGAAGAAACAUUUACCUGACCUGUUCAGUGAGCAACCUGACCUUCUUCACAAACUGGUAACUCAAUUGUCUCCAUCUUUCUUGAAGCCAGAGGGAGUUCCAGUCUACAGGCUUGUGCAGCAGCCGGGCGAUUUUGUGAUCACGUUCCCGAAUGCUUAUCAUUCUGGAUUCAAUGCGGGAUUUAAUGUUGCUGAGGCUGUGAAUGUUGCCCCUGUGGACUGGUUGCCUCAUGGCCAAGCAGCGGUGGAACUUUACAGAGAGCUUCAUCGUAAGACAUCUGUGUCGCAUGACAAACUAUUGUUGGGGGCAGCCAGGGUGGCAGUGAGAAUGUGUUGGCACUCGCAACAAAACGCAGGUGGCUUAAAGCCAAGUUUGGUUUCUUCAUGGCUGGCUUAUUGUGGGGAGGGUGGUAUUCUGGCCAAGGCUCUCAAGGCAAGGGUGGAUAUGGAGCGUGUGCAUCGGGAAUCCUUGAAAUCAAGUUCCGGUGAACUGUUGACGUUACCAGCGAAGCAGAUGGACAGCAGCUAUGAUUCUACGGAUGAGCGAGAAUGUGAAACAUGCAAAUAUGAUCUACAUCUGUCGGCUGUGGGGUGUGUAUGUUGUCCCGACAAAUUUACAUGCUUGCUACAUGGCCACCUUCUUUGUUCAUGUCCCUGGAGUAAGAAAACUAUGUUUUACAGGUAUGAUCUAGAGCAGUUAAGCCUAUUAUUGGCUGCUGUCGAAGGUCGUCCUGGGGCUGUUGCUAAUUGGGUUAAGCAGGAUGCUCUGCCACCUAUUCCGUCACCUAGUCUUCGGGACUUGCUGCCUUCCCAAGUUCUGGCUGGGUAUGUACCUAGAGAUAUCAAUCUUCAAAUGCCACAUUCUUCCAUGAGUUCUGCAGUUGUGAAGACUUCUACACAAAUAAACCCCGUAACGUUUGCAGUUAAGAAAAAAAUGGCAACGCAGAAUGUCGGUGGGCUUCAUCAGGUCUACAACGUGCUUAAUUCAGAACCUGAUAACAAGGCUCGGUCCUUUCUGAAGCCCCCCACUUUGGUGAGGAAUUCCGUUCAAGUGGCAUCGGCUCUCAACAAUAAUAACCUUCCGGAGCACAACGGUUCUUUCAUACGCUCAGAAUUGAAGGAUGGGUUAGGCCAUUCGGAAGGUGUAUUCUUCCCGAAGCCCGGCCACGGAAGAAAAAAUGCCCCAGAACAUUCUGGGUGCAGUGUAUCAUUUCAAAGGGAAUUCCUAAACACAAAAUUGGGAUCAACACAACAACCAGCUCGCUCUUCCUCUGAAAAGCUGAACGUGGACGCGUCCAGACCUGAAGUCAUAAUGCUUAGUGAUGAAGAAGAGGAAAUGGCUACCUGCAAGUUGAAGGAAGCAGUGGAAUCUACAUCUCCAGUUCACGAAGCAUCUAGCGUUGUUUCCUCUAGGGCGGCAGAAUGUGAUACGGGCAAUAAUUUAGGGGGUCGAGGAUGUCGAGCACAGCCUCAGGUUGGUUCCGACAUUGCCAGAUGUAGGAGUUCGACCAGUAACCCCCUUAAUAGCUGUGGUGUGUCAUUCCCUGAAGGGGAUCCUUCUCAUGGGUCCCUUGAAGUUGCUAGAGCUGGCGGUAGCAUGAAGCAGCUAGCAUCAGUGACAGCUGUCAGAAUCCCUGUUAAGGAGAGACCAUUGCAUGCCCUUUCAUCGGCGAGUAUUUCUGUUAAACCGGAGGCUGAGGUGUCGAAUGGGCACAUUGCUCCCCCAAGGUCUACGACCGAAUUGGUGACAGUCUUACAACGCAAUGGUAGUGUAUGCGUUCCUCCCAGGGUGGCCCGAGUUCGUGUGAAAAGGGAGGUGGAGCUUCUUGAUAUUGGACGCCUUGUGCUGAGAGAAGGGUGGCAUACUAAUCUCGCUAUUUAUUCAGCAGGCUUUAAAAGCCGCACACGCUUCAUCGAUGUUGAAGAUGUCCUUAAGACGUGCAUUUACGUAUCGGAGAUUAUUGAUCGAGGUUCGAGUGCAAGGCCUUUGUUUCAGGUUAUACAUCCAACCAAGCGGGAAAUCUACUUGAGUGAGACUAUAGACGGAUGUUGGCGUGACAUUCAGGAUCAGAUUAACGAGGCAAUUAUCGCCCGCCGUUCUGAUAACGUUAAGUUGCAGCUACCUCCUCUCUUACCGCCCCCAAGCGGUCUGGAAAUGUUUGGCCUUACAACGACCUCCAUUGUCGAGGCUAUGGAGGCGCUGGAUUCUUUCCACCAAUGCUCUGAUUAUUGGAAUGGCAAGCAGGCUCUUGUAAAGCAGAACUUCAGACCCGAUCUAGCAGAGCCUGAGUUUCGGAGAGCAGGGAUCAGUGUGGGCCGGUUAAAGGAGGAGUGUCUGGAACUGCCUUUGAGGGCUAUGCCAGACAGAGCACCACAAGAUAGGAUUGUAAAUAUAAAUAGCAGGUCAUCUGUGAAUAUUAACAACACGAAGAAUACUUCAGGACAUGCUUUUGAGCAGGGGAAUCCUGCAAGGCAAGGAGUUAUGUCGAGCGGCUUCCGUAAUGAAAGGCAGGAUGCGUACUCCACUCUUCAAAGUCUCUUUCAAAGGGCAACUUCAGCAGAGUUGAGGGUCUUGUACCGCUUAUUCACCACUGAGACACAGGGGACUGAUUGGAGCUCUGCAUUCCGAGCUCUUACUGAAGAAGUUCAAAAAAGAUUUUUGUGAUUAAGAACAGAUACUUUGACACUAUCAUUGAAUUUAUACCACUGCAAUUGUGGGUCAGCAGCAGUAGGUUCUAGUGAAAAAGAAUUCGGAACGACUGGUUUUUCAAAAGGAUGAUUAUUUUAUUACUCAAGUAGAGCCUUGCAAUUGAAGGCGCCCUGGAUUACAUUAUGGCCACGAAGUGGCUCAUUUAGACUCCUUUUAUCUGAAGCUGGGGAUACUUCAGGGGAUACUGAUCUUGUUGCUGAAAGAAUGUAAGUCCCUAAGGCUACAUAGAGUAUAGCUCAUGUCAAUGCUCAUUGAACUUAGAAGUUCUGGAGUUUUUUUGUCCGCGCUUCGGUUUUUCAGAAUGUACUUCCUAAUUAGAUCUUCCUUUGCAUGUUGGAAUUACGCAGAUCUAGAAUUGUUCACCUAU